GGGAAAAAUUUGGAUAUAGUCCAAUUUCUUGUACAGAACAAUGCAGAUGUGAAUGUACAGGGAGGGAAAUAUGGAAAUGCACUGCAUGCAGCAGUAUGGAAGCAAAAUCUGGAUAUAGUCAAGUUUCUUGUGGAAAACAAUGCAGAUGUGAAUGCACAGGGAGGGUAUUUUGGGAAUGCACUGCAGGCAGCAGCAUCCAGGGAAAAUGUAGAUAUAGUCAAGUUUCUUGUAGAGAACAAUGCAAAUGUCAAUGCACAGGGAGGAAGAUAUGGGAAUGCACUAAAUGUAGCAGCAUAUUUUGGCCACCUACAUAUUGUGAAAUAUCUAGUUGAACAUGGUGCUGAUGUUAUGGCCCAGGGACUUUAUGGAACUGCAUUGCAAGCAGCAAAACAUGGGGAAAAACCUGAUGUUGCCAAUUUCCUGGAACCCUAUACCAUUCAAGCCUCCAAGAUGAUCAACUCAUUGGCAGGGACAUUGGCAUAG